GGACUCCCAACAUCGCAGUAGUCGGAGAGCGGACGCGAACAGCGGUGCAUGACCGGUGAUUGGUCCGCGCUUUUACAUGGCAAAACACCAUCGGGUUUUCUUUCAAAAUAUUGACGUUUUCUUCGGUUUUCCGGGUGGAUUCAACCGUGUAGCAACCCUAUAGAUGGUUUCUGACUGUAAUUCGGCAGAGAAACAAGAAAAUAGCGGAUACGCGCUCGCCUUUGUUUAGCAGCUAGAUUCAUAAACAAUGCCGUCAUUACUGGAAGCCCUCGAACAAAAGUAUGGGGAAGCUGCCGAUUCGGACUCCAGUCCUGACUCUGACUCUGCAGGAAUAUCGGUAGCAAUAUUUGUACCAUGCAGACCCCCUAGAGCGGCCGUUCCUGCCCUUUUGGUACUCAACGACUGCGACAUAGCUACAGCUGGAGAACGUGAAGCACUGGUAGCAAAAUGCUCCAACGUAGAAGAACUAGACCUAGCUAAGAACAAAUUGAAUCAUUGGCACGAGGUUUUCGGAAUAUUGGAACAGAUGCCCCGCCUUAAAUUUGUUAACCUCAGCUUUAACGUGCUCUCGAAACCACUCGAAGUUAGCUUAGACAAAGGAAAAAAGUGGGAGGAACUGCGAAGUUUAGUCUUAAACUCGACCUACGUGAAUUGGGACAGCGUGCAAGAAAUCCUGGACCAUUUGCCCUGCCUGGAAGAGCUGCAUCUCAGUCUCAACGACUACAACAACGUCGAGUUGCAUAGAGACGAGACGGAAAGCACCUGCGCAUGUUCGGAAAACAAGAACGACAAUUGCAAUUGCCGAAUCUACAAGCUCAAACACAAGCACAAAGUUAUAAAGAUUUUACAUUUUACGGGUAACCCCAUACAGGAUUGGAAAGAAGUUUGUAAAUUAGGUUAUGCUUUUCCGAAUUUGGAAUCGUUGGUAUUGGCCGAAUGUCCAAUCAAAUCGUUGGACGUGGAACAUCCCUGCCGGGAAUGUUCCAACAAGAACUGCGAAGAACGCGAAACUGACUCUACUCCUGCCCCUUACGAUGCCUUCAAGUCGCUCAAAAUCCUUAAUUUAAACUCGACGAUGCUAUCCACGUGGGACGAUAUAGAGAGGCUGUCAAAGUUUCCAGCGCUGCAGUGUGUACGAGUACAGGGCUGUCCUUUGUGGGAAAGCAACGAGUACACCGAACACGAAAGACGUCAGCUGCUGAUUGCCAGGUUGCCAAAUGUCCAGACACUGAAUGGUGGUGGCGAGAUCACUUCGGAAGAACGAGAAGAUGCAGAGAGGGCAUUUAUCAGAUAUUACAUGGACAAACCGGAAAGUGACCGUCCAGAAAGAUAUUUCGAGUUGGUUCAGAUCCAUGGAAAGUUAGACCCAUUGGUAAACGUCGAUCUCAGACCAGAAAAAAGGGUGAGGGUGACAUUCACUUGUGGAUCUAACAGCGAAGUUAGGUCGGUGGACGUCUACCGCACAGUCAGCGAUCUCAAAUCGAAAUUGGAAGCCUUUGCCGGCUUUUCAGCUGCCAAAAUGCGACUGUUUUACGUCGAUCAAGACCUGAGGGACAUGCAGGGUCCAGAGGAAAUGAGGUAUCCUUCAAAACAACUGUACAGCUACAAUAUUAGGUCUGGUGACGAAAUACUGAUAAUCUGCAAAAUCGAGUGUAAACGGAGAACCGUCAGCGAAACUAAGAUUACAGAAAAAGAAGAGAGGGCAAUGUACAACCUCUAGCUAGGAAUAAUAAGCAGCUUAAAAAGUGUAAAACUUAACACCACUACUAAUCUAAUUAUAAUUUCUUUCAUUAUUAUGUCAUUCACUAAUAAAUACAUAACGAUA